AUGGAGCUGCUGAGGGCCAAUCGGGGGGGGGGGAAAGCAGCUGCGAAAUCCACCAGUCACAGCCAGAGCAGGACAGGCUGAGUGGCAUCGUGCCGGGUGUCUACUGAUAUCCAAUUGAGAGAUCUAGAGGGUAAUGAGCUAAGGAAGAAGGAGAAUGGGAACAAGAGUUGCAAAGCAUAUAGCGAGGGAGCUGUAUGAUAGCAGGUCCAGACUUGCAAGCCUUCACGAAGUGUCUUCCAGUUACACCACAAUGGAGGUCGAAGGAGAGCUCUUGGAAGUUUCUGAGCUGCAGAGGGAUGUACUAUACCUCGAAGAGAAGCACGCCGAGGCCUUUGACAUGUCGUGCAUGUCUCCCCCGCUCAGUCCAUCCCCCAUCCUGAGCCCCAACACACCGUCCACCGAGCUCCCCAGCGCAUUCCAAUUCCGCUUCAAGAUUGACACCUCCUCAGAAUUUGAGGCUGGCAUGCUAGACGCAGCUGACUCUCUGAAGGACAACUUCCUAACCAUGAAUGCCAGAGUGACAUCACCAGGGGCUGCUCGUGUGAAGAACGAGUGGAGCAGAGUCGAGACCGCCGGCACAGUUCAUGAGGUGCAAGUAACAGAAGCUAACAGUGGAGAGCAGGAUGCUCUGUCAGCAGAGGGUGAAGACUUGGCGCUUCCAGCUGAAUCAGAAUGCAGCCCCAAUGCAAUUCUGACAACACUGGAGUAUGCAGCAUAUGCACCAGGAGAGGAACAAUCUGAGGUCUCUUCUCCAGGCUCCAAUGGCCCAGAGGGCAGACCAGAGGUAGACAUAGCGGUAGAUAAGCAUCCUAUUGAUGUGACGCAUGACGCAGAGGGGAGCGAUAUCGAUCUUGACAUUGAAAAGCUGGCCCUGGAGAUCGAAGCGCACAACAGAGCGACAAGCAAUGCGGUGAUGUCUCGCUUCGUGGAGGUGAAGAAAAAGCUUGUCCAGCACGAGCAAGAAACCCUGGAACUGGCAAGGAUGCAGCAUCAGAAGGAGCUCUCGAGAAUGAACGGCGAGAUGGCUCGUCUUAGGACGGAACACGACGAUGCAGUCAAAAGGGCGCGUGAUAUGGUUGACAUGGCGAACCGAGCCGCUGAGCUGGUGGCUCUCCGAGGCCAGCAAAAUAGGAACACGGCUGCCCUUUGCGCUGUCCUUUGGAAGUGGAAAGAGGAGACUAACUGGCAAAAGUACCUCAAAAGGAUGGAAAGGAAGGCGACUCAACAAUACGAGCAGAACUACCGCCAGCGGCAGCCCUUGCGGAAGUGGAGGAAGUUGACAAAGCUCGCCAAACUGCACAUGCUAGAGUUCAAGACCAAGAUGUCGCUCAAGGAAGAAAAGGAGCGCCUCGCAGCCGAAAGCGCUGGCGAAGUUCAACGACUGCAUCAGGACGCGGCUGACCUGCGGAGUCAGCUUGCGGAAGAGAAGAAGGCCAGGGAGAAGCUGGAGGAGGACAUGAAGCGCGCGUUCAUGCGCGGGGUGUGCGCGCUCAACAUCGAGGCCCUGGCGAUGAUGAAACGGGGCGGGCUGCAGGCCGUGCAGGACGACUUCGACUCGCCCAACACCGUCGUGACAGGGCCUCCCCUCAUCAAGGAGCACGUGCAGUACUACGAAGAAGUCGAACCCAAGAGUGCAUCAGUGGAGGCUGCAAACGCGGCCGUCUUCUACCGGUCAACAUCUCCGGGAGCAGUACGAAACGCCUCACCGUCCAAGAGUGCCGCCGCGGCCGGCUCCUUGAAUCACGGGGAGUCACCUCCAAGGGAUCCCCCGCCAGGAGAGUCGGUUGGCCAGGAGCUUGAUGCGCCAAUGGACGGAACAGCACCGGAACAGCGGACCGUGAGCGAGCAGCUCAAGCGGAAGCUAGCGGCAGUGAUGGGUUCGAAGGGCACAGGGAACGGCGCUGCUAACGUAAGUAGUACUUUAGGCGGAGGGGUAGCUUUUGCGAAGAAGCUCGAUGCGGUGGUUGAUGUUCGACCGCAAAGUCGAGGAAACGGGGGGGUAGUGAAGAAUGAGGCAAUUAAUCAGGGUAGGAGGACGUCGGAAGUGCGGUCGGCUGUGAAUGGCGUUCGAGUAGGCGCCGAGCCUCCUCGAUGGAAUUAACGUAGGGGCAGAAGGGACUUCCAGCGCCUUAAGUAUGACUUCCUCAACAACUUCGCUUGGAGGCUUUCAAAAGGACCACAGGGAAACAGCACCGACUUCUCGCAUUGCUCUGAUACAGUUACCCGAGCAGCGCGUUCUGCUUCUUGCUCAAGCUCUUCUUGACUCGAC